CGGACUGCGGGCCCGGGCCGGACCUCUGCGCUCUUCAUGCGUCGCGCGGACGUAUCGGGGAAACGCGGGGAUUUCAGCGUCGCCGCGCGCCGCCUGUAAUCAAGAUCGUCUCGCGCCUCGCAGAUGCUCGACUGCAGAUUUGAUGGUGCUGUGAAGGCUCGUCUGACUGAAGGCUCGCGGCCAAGGGGGGGCAUUCGUGGGGCCGCGGAUAUAGAGAGAGAGAGAUAGAGAGAAAGAGAGAGAGAGACACCUCUGUCCACCACUCCGUCCGUCCUCUGCCCUGCGCUUGUGAAUGGACUGCGACUCCCUCCGUGAUUCUCUGCAGUCCCUCUGAGUCAUUUGUGGAAGAAGAUGGCGGACAGGGCUGAGAUGUUUUCCCUAUCCACUUUCCAUUCCCUCUCUCCUCCCGGAUGCAGGCCAGCCCACGACAUCAGCCUGGAGGAGUUUGAUGAUGAAGAUCUUUCUGAAAUCACAGAUGACUGUGGGAUCGGCCUCAACUAUGACUCCGAUCCAUAUGAAAAGGACUCCCUCAUCCUGGAGAAAAGCGACAUCCACCAUCCAGUCUGCUCCUUCCAGGAUGACUUCCAGGAGUUUGAGAUGAUUGAUGAUGAAGAUGAAGAUGAGGAGGAGGAAGAUGAAGAGGAUGAAGAUAUUGAUCCUGACGCGCCCCCAUCUCCCUCAGCCUCCCCUCCUCCCUCUCCUACCAUUGGCACCCUGAAGAGCAGACCCACCACACUGAACCUCACCACUGCUGUGUCACAGGAUUCACUAAACAACAACAGCAGUUUAUCCCCAAAGAAAGGAAGCUGGCAGGACUCCUUACGCAAUCCAACGUCACAGGGCCGUCUGUCUCCAACCCACACAUGUCUGGACGAUGGUAGCCAUGUGACAGGCCAGUGCCCGGCCUCUCCGGUUUCCCAGGUCCCGGGGUCACAGAGCAAAGGUACACCACCAAAACAGGCAGGGGAGGGCGGGAACCCCCAGUCUCCUCAUAGGCCCCUCCUCUGCGACAUGGAGGGCAACAGGCGAGAGAGGCCCGAAUACGGGUCAUUUGGUCAACACAAGUCUCACACAUGCACUGGUGAUCUCAUUGAUUCCAAAGCAGACCCUCCAAUUCAGACGUCCAGAGUACCCUCAGUCGACGAACACUCCCAAUGUUCAGACACGGAGGUGGAUCAUGACCUCAACAGCGACCACAACCACAAACACUCAAGCCGCCGUGCCACUGACACCUACACAAUCACCAGCGAGUCGGGAAUGGAGCCAGAAAAUGACCUGGACCCAGAUGGAACCAGUCGCUGCCUGUCCUCCACCGCGCCCAUGGGCGCAAACGACGGCGCUGAUACGCCCUUGUCCGACGAGGAGCUGGAAAAAGACUUUGAAGUGGAGUUCAUGUGCAAGGAGACCUACGACAUGGUGUGUAAGGAGAAUCAGUCGGCGUAUGUGGAGUUUCCCUCCAUCGAGCCGUCUGAGCCUGCGUCUUUCUCCAGCUAUCUGUCGUCUAGCCGUUCAGAGGCCCUUAACCAGUCCAGCACUUGUCACACGGGUUCGGCUGUGGAGGCAGCGGCUAAUGAGUCCACCUCCCCGUCCUCAGACCCGGGGAUUGCUGAUAUGAACCAGCGGGGCUAUGUAACUUCUGACCAGGACAAGGACCUGAGCUCUCCGGGUUCUGACUCCGACAUUGAAGGGGAGCUGGAGGCAGGCUUUGCAUGUGGAGGUCCUGUGGUGUCCAACAUGAUCUCCUCUAUCUCAGAAACAGAGCUGGACUUGACUAGUGAUGACAGUAGCAGUGGACGCUCAUCUCACCUCACCAAUUCCAUAGAGGAAGCCAGCUCACCUACAUCAGACCAGGAGCUGGACCCGGACACAGAGUUAGAGCAGGACAGUGGAAUUGUUGGACUGAAAGCAUCUCUACUUCUGGGUCAGCCUGAUCCAAUCAAAGAAGGCUCUCCUCUACCCUCUCCUUCUCCUCUACCCUCUCCUACUAUAGCUACGCCGUCCCCUCUUGAUUCUCCUAUCUUCCCCCCUGAGUCUUACGACGACGGCUUGGCUCUGAUGGGGCUGCAGAGUGUUGACGACGAGCUGUCCGGGGAGCACCAGGCUGACCCAGAUGAGACUUUGCCUCCAGCUCAGUUAUGUGAGGACAGUCUGUCCAGACAGAUGGUGCUCCAGAUAGAACCCGACCACAGCCUGGAGAGCUUCAAACGCUCCUUCUACCUGCCAGUGGGGCCCAGGCUAAUGCCAAGCGCAGACGAAUACGAUGGAACAAGUGAAGGAGAUUCUGAAUCAGAAAGCGAAGAUGAGCUGAGCGAGAACUCAGACUCCCCAUGGCUACUCAGCAACUUAGUCAACAGGAUGAUUUCAGAGGGCUCUUACCCAAUUAGCUGUCCUGAGGAGUGCUUCAAGAGAAAGGUGUCUGUGUCUGACACCAUCUCUCCCUCCUCAGACAUUGGAGAGGGAGACAGUUUCAACGAUGACGACCAAGAGAAGAAACUUCAGAUGGAGGGGUCAGAGAAUGGCAAGAAAGAAAACGACGGCUACAGGAAAGACAAGUUGGAUCCAGCAGCAAGGGGUAGGAGUGUUGAGCCUUCGAAAGAAACAGCAGUAAAAAGUCCCCGGCUCUAUAUGAGCAACCCCAGUGGUGAUACCAUCACUCCAUUAACUUCAGAGCGCAGUCCAAACAGCGAGAGAGGAACCACAGAGUUCAGUUCCUCGUAUUCCAAUAAAGACUGUGACAAGAACUCCUCAGAUAAACCAUCCAAGAAUUCCAAGAGACAGCAGGAAGACAACGAGCCGAAUAAUGACUUGAUGAUGCUGAAUGGAAGGAGAGAUCUGGACUCACCCAGCCUCACUGAGAGCGUGGUCAGUGACAAGGACGAAGGGCGAGAGACUGAUCCCAGGCCUACGAGUCGCUCCUCAGCCUCUCUCGAGCGUAUCACCGAAGUGAAACAGAGCCUGACACUCGAUAUACCCACUGCUCAGACCAACCGCUGCUUCAGCCUCACCUACUCCACAGACAAUGAUGAAGAGGAGGAGGACGACGGUGACUCUUACCCAUUCCUGGGAGGCUUGAGCAAGCAGUCCUACAGGGACAGUGAUUUAGAGUUGGACAGUUCACCGCCCAUUGACUCCAGCGUGCAAGAUCACUCCUUAGCUGACCGCGACCUCCCACUGUGUGAGAAAGAUCUGGCGCUCAGGCCGUCAACUGAAGACGAUGGACUGGCCUAUGACUCCAUGAAGUACACGUUAGUGGUGGAUGAGAACACUACCCUGGAACUAGUCAGCCUCAGAAGGUGCACCUCCGUGCUGAGUGACGACAGUGAGCUCUCGACCCUGUGUGACGAAGAGCCUUUGGGAACAAGUAACGUUGGCUACGGACGAGACGAUGAGGAAGUGAGGCCAGAGCUUCUCAGCUCUUCGGAGGACUCGUCUCCUGAGGCUGAUCUCCCAUUCUCCAAGAAGUUCCUGAACGUGUUUGUCAACAGCACCUCCCGCUCCUCCAGCACAGAAUCAUUUGGACUUUUCUCCUGUACCAUCAAUGGAGAGGAGAGGGACCAGACACACAGGGCGGUCUACAGGUUUAUCCCAAGACAUGCAGACGAGCUGGAGCUGGACGUGGACGACCCUUUAUAUGUGGAGGAAGAAGAGGACGACUACUGGUACAGGGGGUAUAACAUGCGGACGGGAGAGAGGGGGAUAUUCCCCGCCUUCUACGCCCAUGAGGUCAUUGGCCAGUCCAAAGAGUUGCUGGGAAUGAAGAGGAAUCCAGCCUGGAUUGAGACGUUCAAUGUUCAAUUUCUGGGCUCUGUCGAGGUACCAUAUCACCAAGGCAAUGGUAUUCUCUGUGCCGCUAUGCAGAAGAUUGCGCUAUCAAGGAAACGAACGGUACACGUGCGACCUCCCUCCCUGUGUGAGCUCGAGAUCAGCUUGCAAGGAGUCAAACUAAUCAUGAGCCUGGAGGAUGAAUACGACGUCCUUGAUGAGUAUGACAGAUGUAGUCACUUCUUCCAAAUGAAGAACAUCUCAUUCUGUGGAUGCCAUCCGAGAAACAACUGCUACUUCGGCUUCAUCACCAAGCAUCCGAUGCUGAACAGAUUCGCUUGCCAUGUGUUUGUAUCGCAGGAGUCAAUGCGACCUGUAGCCGAGUGUGUUGGACGAGCCUUUCAGGAGUACUAUCAAGAGCAUCUGGAGUAUGCCUGUCCCACCGAGGACAUCUACCUGGAGUGAGAAGAGUCGCCAUGGCAACCUUCUUCUUCUACAGCUCGUGUAUGUUCAUCCAGUUCGCCACCAGAGGGUGCCAUCAGUGGGGUCUUUUUUUUCCACUCCAUUGUAAAAUACUCCUCCUUGUCCCUCUCAAACAGGGAUCUUCAUUUCUACAAUAUGCUAGGCAUUUGACUGAUUUCAUCCAUCCCUCUCUCUUUGUUUAUUUCCAUGAUCUCAACGGAUCGAUUGCCUGUUUAUUUAAUCUUUUUCUAUGAUAUAAAACUAAGACCCUGAGCACCUGUUUAUUUAAAGGUUCCUCUUUUGAAAUGAAAAAAAACAAACAAAAAAAAAAAUCCAAAUCCAAAUAUACCUACUACAGCUGUAUCACUUUUCAAUGCAUGGCUAGUAGGGUUAAUGCACACAGACACACCGAGAACAACACAUAUUCAAGUGAAUGGCAAGCAGCUCAACAAUCAAGUACAGGACUGGUGUAGAAUCAAGAGGAUGACACUUAAAUUACCUGUAAAUAUGUUUUUGUUGAAUACCGACAAGCAGCUCAUUUGAUUUCUACUGAUAGUGACAUUGGAGUGAAGUAGAGAGAGUGCAGUGAGCGGUCCUUGGUUCAAGCUUACCCCCUGUGUCGCGUACAAACUGUUGUGUGUGUUGUAAAUACGUGUAUAGAAAGUAGUACAUACAAGGCACCUCAUGUGGAUCGAUUAGGAAACGUCGAGAUGAGCCGUGUAAGGGUUUUGCUCAGACUUUUUGAAGAAGAGCUGCGAGGAGUUGACUAGGUAUGAACUUUGAAUGUCAUUAGCUCCGCACACGUUUUAUUCAGCUGGGGAUCGUCGCAGUAAAUGUCAAGCAGACUCAAACGAUAAAAGCAGUACCAUUUUACUGUUGUCCACUCCUCAGAGUUGCACUGCUUGUUGACCUCUUACCGUUGGAAGCUUUCAUAGCAAACCGUUCAACUGUUAAUCUUGCAAAUUGUAGAUCACUGUAUGCUUUGUUAUGACUGAUGUGAAUUUUAGGUCAAAGAAAGCUAAGGCUCUCUGACAAGCCAUAUUCCCACAUCUCUGACUGUUUAACUCUGUUUUUUUUUUUUUUUUUCCCAGUGAUGUUCUAGUCUCCGUUUUCUUUUGACUUGGCAGUUGCAACGAAGGAAAGGGAAUGACUAGAGGGGCCAGUUGUUGCACAGCUCAGUGCCUACUGUACAGCGAGUGUCCUAAUAUUUGUUGAUUCUGGUAUCACAGUGGAAUCAAACCUUCAACAAAGCAUUCAAAAUGAGGUUUUAUCAUUAUGUUUAGACUUCAGUCUCACUCAGUAACACUUGGAGAGAAGGAUGGCCUCAUAUACCCACAAUAUAUAUUUUUUUUAUUGGUUUCUGUCCGAUCAAAGGUUAAAGCGUCAUUCACGUCACACAGAAACCUUCUGUAGCUACAAUAGCUUACGGUCUAGCACCUUAUGUAGAUAAAGGAUUCAAUUACAAACAGUUACUAGUCACCUGCUAUCUGAAAUGUUAAUCUCUAAUGUUUACCGCACCCAGACCAUUCCCGUCAUUGUUUAAGACACUGUUGAGCAUCUUGUCGUGCUGCAUUCAAUCACAGUCCGCCAGAACAGACAGUUCUGCGGGAUUUCAGUGCUAAAAGCUAACUGAGGGUUAAUAUGUGAGGAGAGAGGGCGUUGACUACAUAUGUAUCGCUGUCAGUUAGAUCAUGUAUAUACAAUAGCAAAUCUGUGUCCUUUAUGUUGAGUAUGUUAUUGAAAUGAAUAUGUACAUUAUUUGAAAAUACAUUUCU